AGCUUUGGUGACGCCGGGGACGAGUGAGGAGGGGUGGGAACACGCGUGCGGAUUUUAUGUGUUUCCGACCAGCAGUCUGAGCAGUGAGCGGUGUAAAUCGGAGGGUUACUGGCAAAUAUCGUAUCGUCGGUUGUGUGAAGUGUGACUUCAAGGGGAGCAAGGCUUUGUGCAAAAUGCCUGUGUUCCACACCAAAACGAUCGAGAGCAUCCUUGAGCCUGUUGCGCAGCAGGUCUCUCGGUUGGUUAUUCUCCAUGAGGAGGCUGAAGAUGGAAAUGCCAUGCCUGAUCUGGAGCGGCCAGUGCUGGCUGUCUCACGGGCUGUCAACAACCUGGUCAAGGUGGGCCGAGAGACCAUCAACUCGAGCGACGACCCGCUGCUGCGUCAGGACAUGCCGGCCUCGCUGACCCGGGUCGACGACGCCAGCAAACAGCUCGAGGAUGCGUCGCACAUGCUCAAAAUGGACCCGUACUCGCAGCCCGCCAGGCGGAAGCUGAUCGAGGGCUCGCGAGGAAUCCUUCAGGGCACCUCCUCGCUGCUCCUCUGUUUCGACGAGUCCGAGGUGCGCAAGAUCAUCCGCGAGUGCAAAAAGGUGCUCGACUACUUGGCCGUCGCCGAGGUCAUUGAGAGCAUGGGUGACCUGGUGCAGUUCGUCAAGGAUCUCAGUCCCUGUCUGACCAAGGUGUCACGUGACGUGGACGCCCGAGAGAAGGAGCUCACCCACCAGGUUCACCGGGAGAUGCUGAUGCGCUGUCUGGAGCAGGUCAAAACGCUGGCUCCCAUCCUCAUCUGUAGCAUGAAAAUCUUCAUACAGAUCAUCACACAGUCGUCUGGGAAGGGCGCUGACGAGGCGGCCGAGAACCGCAACUACCUCUCGGGCCGGAUGGGGGACGAGAUCACCGAGAUCAUCCGCGUGCUGCAGCUGACUACCUACGACGAGGAUGAAUGGGAGGCCGACCUGCUGACCGUGCUGAAAAAGGCCGAAAACGCCAUCGGACCGAAACUGCAGGCGGCCAACGACUGGCUACAGGAUCCCCAGGCGGUGCGUGGCGGGGUCGGUGAGAAGUCGCUCCGAAACGUCCUGGAGUUGGCCGGCCGCGUGGCGGACCGCGUGGCGCCCCAGGACCGGGACGCCAUCCACAAAAUGACCGGAGACAUCGGCGCCAUGACCGACGCCCUCUGCGAGCUGCGGCAGAACGGACAGGGCGCCACUCCGCAGGCUCAGACGCUGGCCCGCAGCGUGCAGUCGCAGCUAGCGGCGCUCCAGGACCGCGUGCACGCGGCUGUGGCCAACGUGGAGCGCUCGGGCGUCCAGCAGCCGGCGCACACGCUCUCCGGCCGGCUGGAGCAGGCGCGCCGCUGGCUGGCCGAGCCGGCCGCCGCCGAGCCGGCCGCGGCGGCGCUCGGCCAGCGGGCCAUCCAGUUGGUGGUGGACGAGGGACGCCGCGCGGCCGACAGUCUGGCCGGCCCCCAGCGCCGCCAUCUGCAGACGCUCUGUGAUGAUGCGGACAUGCUGUCCCGGCAGCUGGGAGACAUGGUGCGCCGCGGCGAGGGCGACUCGCCACAGGCGCAGGCCGUCGCCAGGCAACUGGCUGAUAAGCUGACCCAGCUCAAGGACCAGAUCCACGGAGCCCUCGUCGAUAGGGUGGUCGAAGACUUUGUCGACAUCGUGACGCCGCUCAAACAGUUCAGCGAGGCCACCCUGGCGCCAGAGGGCACGCCGGGCCGCCAGGAGGCGUUCACCGACAAGGCCGACAAGCUGCAACGGUUCAGCACGCAGGCGGCCCGCACCGGCCGAAUGGUGGCCACCGCCGGAGCCUCGGGCAACAAGAAACUCUCCGAGGCGCUGCAGUCGUCGGCCACUGAGGUGGAGAGUCUGCACCCGCAGCUGGUGAACGCGGGCAGUAUCCGCCUCCAGUACCCGGAGAACAAGGCUGCCGACGAGCACUUUGAGAACCUGCGCCGCCAGUACGCCGAGACCAUCAGCCGCGUGCGCGACCUCAGCGACGAGGCCAUCGACGCGGCCCAGUUCGUCAGGCAGUCUGAGGAGCUGAUUAAGCAGCACGCGGACCGCUGUGAGGUGGCUGUUCAGAGGCGCCAGCCACAGGAGGUGGUCGAGAACACGUCCGGAAUCGCCAGACUGGCAAACCGUGUGCUGAUGGUGGCGAAGAAGGAGUCGGACAACUCAGAGGACCAGCGUUUUAUCGCCGAGAUCACAGCCGCCAGCGACAGACUGCAGAGAGGAGUGACCCCGAUGGUUCAGAGCGCCAAGGAGGUGGCCAUCAACCCGGCUGACCCGGGGUCGGUCGAGCGCUGGCGGUCCGCUAACCGGGAGCUGCUGGGAGCCGUGGCCCAGGUCCGGCGGGCCAUCGGACCCGGCGUGGAUCUGUCCGCGGGAGUGGCCCAGAUGCAGCUCAAUGGUAGCGCCCCCUCCCGGCCGCCGCCGCCGGCCGCGCUGGCGUCUCACUACACUGCCGCAGGCGAGCCGCCCCUGUACUCACAGCCGUGGGCGGUGUCACCAGAGGAGGAAGAGUCGGCGCCGCCGCGGCCGCCGCCGCCGUCCGGUGACCAGCCGCCGCCGCGCCCCCCGCCGCCGGCCGAGACCGAUGACGAGGAGGACAGCCAGCUGUUCCGGCACGCGCCACCCGCCAACCAGCCCAUCAUGGCCGCCGCGCACGGACUUCAUCAGGAGGUGGCUCAGUGGAGCAGCAAGGACAACGACAUCAUCGCGGCCGCCAAGCGUAUGGCCCAGCUGAUGGCCCAGCUCAGUCAGCUGGUCCGCGGUGAGGGCGGCGGGAACAAGAGGGACCUGAUCGCCUGCGCCAAGGCCAUCGCCGAGGCGUCCGAGGAGGUCACACGGCUGGCCAAGGAGCUGGCGCACGAGUGUACCGAUAAGAGGAUGAGGACGCAACUGCUGCAGGUGUGCGAGCGUAUUCCGACGAUCGGCACCCAGCUGAAGAUCCUCUCCACCGUCAAGGCCACUAUGCUGGGUGCACAGGGCGAGGACGCAACGUUUGAGCUGCGAGAAGACGGCAUAGUGACCAGCGGCACGGAGGAGGACCAGGAGGCCACCGACAUGCUGGUCGGUAACGCCCAGAACCUGAUGCAGUCGGUGAAGGAGACGGUGCGCGCCACAGAGGCGGCCAGCAUCAAGAUGAGGACGGACGCGGGCAUCCAGCUACGCUGGGUGCGCCGCUCACCCUGGUACCAGUAGGGGAGAGCAGUUCUGGUCGGAGGAGGUGGUCACAGAGCCUGUGGCGGGGAUGGACCGGGACUGGCCCAAGAGGAAGGCCUCUCAGUGUCGGGAGUAAGUUGUGGGAGUUGACAAGGCCAUUCGGCCUGGUAUUUGGAUAAAUCUGUUGCGGAUACUUGGAUAACUCCGGCACUGGCGAGAACGAACUGAUACCUGUGUCACUCCGAUACUGGAACUGCGGUAGCGGGCCCGGCCCAAUGACCGGCGCCCGUUGCGGGGCCAGGGUUCGGUUCUCAGUUGAGCUGCUGACACCACCGCAAGUGGCUAAGGUAGGCAAAUACUGGCCCUGGAUGAUUCACAUGGCUCCUAUCUUAUGCCAAACUAGCAGUAGCACUGGACAAAAACAGUCCGGUAUUCUCUCCUGAACUGGUCAUCGGACGAACUGAAACUGGAGUGGCGUGCCAGAAACACGUGUAACUGCUACUUUAGCUGCAGUUGGUGCCUCUAGGGCUCUAGUACAUGUGCAGAGCAGCCAUGAACAUUUUUUUUGGACUAGCGUUGGGUCUGACUGGAAAACGUCAGUCCAUCAGAAGCAUGUCUCGGAUGCAGUAUAAAAACUUAACUUGGCAGCAUCGCUAGGGACGAAUAUGUCAUCCUGCUGUCAUCCUGGGUCGUCUGGCUGGUCUGCUAUUAAACGUUAUAUUAUUAACAUUCAAUAAGUAUGUAUGCCGCUAUGUAAGGUUGCCAACGAAUUACUUUGGUUUUGUGAAUGUUGCUUGGCAUUUGUAAGCUCUUUUUGCAUGUUUUGGAACUGUUGUUUUUACUCUCAUUUUGUCGUUUUCGUUCUUGGAUUUUUGGAUUUUUUCUUUUGAUGCAUACUAUGGUGAAACGGAAUCUGUUUUUGAUAACUUUUCUCAGCGGAAAAAGUAUUUAUGAAGAUUUUAUAGGUGAAACCAGGUGCCUUUCUGAGCUCUGGGCAAUGAAUGUAUUCGGUGGGUGUUUUUGUAUGCUCUUUGAGGCGUGUCUAUUGCUGGCAUUUUGUCUUCCUGAGAUGGUUUUAGUGGUACAUUUAGCCUAGGCGCGUGUGAGUCAGAGCCCGAGUAGGCGAGCUUGAGAAAUGUCUUAAUUUUAAUCUGCCUAAUGCAAUACUUUUGUCCCUUAAUUGCUGUGAAACAGCCUCAGAACGUGCGUCUCUCUACGUUUGUGGCUGAGCUCGUAAUCCCGUGGUUUUUGUCUGCUUAUAGUGUGUCUGAUUCUGUGAUCCGAUUAAGGAUCACGUAUUGUGCGACAAGUUGCGUGCGUGCGUAUACUGAUCGAUGAUUGGUCCGAUGCUUCGCCGUCCGGUCGGCGAUUGGCCGCCGUCGCGCCUUGGCGGCUGCUGAUUGGUCGCUGCACAUCCGUCGCAGCCCGUGAUUGGUCGUUGUCAGGUCGUCGCAUUCACUGAUUGGUCGCGGUCGUCCAACUCGACACGUGCGAGUCUUGUUGGCGGCGCCUCGCAUUCAGGAGAUCCGACGACACUAGCCUAACCGAAACGCUGUGAAGUUGCCAACUAACAAUAACUGGAAUAUAAACAAUAGCUUGGUA